AUGGCAGCUCUACCUGCAGAGGCCCAGCACCUGGCCAGCCGUGCGCUGCGGCCCUGGCUGGCGCGGGCCGCUCGUCGGCCGAUGCCGAGGGGCCGGCCAGGAAGGCCUGGUGGUCAAGGGCCAGCUGAACUCUGGUUUCAGCCGCACGAGACCAGCCAGCAGAGCCCCAUGCUGACCGAGUCUGAGAUGGGGAUGUCGCCCAACGCCAGGACCGGCUCUAAACAUGCCUCCGCAAAGUCGGCUGCAGCCGAGCGCGCCAUCGCGCUCCAAGAGCUGCGCCGUGGCUCCGUGGCGCCGGGUGUCGUCCUGUCCGCUUACUUCAUUCUCGUGCGCCACGGUACGUCGCUGGGUGCUGCAGAGGCUGCAGAACUUUGGGAAACCCUCAGGGCAAUGCCCACCAGGGAGACGCUGCCGCCAUUGCUCAGGCUCUCUGGACGGGAGCUUUGUGACACCCUCUUCGUCCUUGCUGCAGCGCGCGGCUUCAAACGGCACGCAGAGGUUGCACAGGAGGUGGCAAUGGCUUUGUGCUCGCACUACGAAGCGUAUCUGUCCGAGUUGCAACUAUGGCCUCAAACACUUCCCCUUGUGAGCGAGUUCUUGGCAUGGCAUUGCCGAGACAGGGGGUUGCUUAGCAACUUCCUACUGACGGUGCUGGUGCCAUUUUGGCGACAACACUCGGCCAGCGUCCAGGCGGCCCUUGUGCCCCAUCAUGCGCAGGCCGUGUCUGCAGCCUGUGCUCGCUGCGGAAGGGCAUUGCCUCAUGACGUCCUGCAAACUGUCCGCAGCACCUUGUGCACCUGGACUGUUGCCAAUAUUUCUCAGCUGGGCCCCCGUGGCACCGCAGGUAUGGCUCUGGCACUGUCGAGAGUAGGACCCGGCUUAGCUGGUGAGGAUGCCAACGCGGAGCUCUUGGCCAUGCUGGUACGUCGUGCCGGUCAGCUCUUGAAGGAGGCGGCUGAAGGCACGUCGACGACGAGGCGUCCUUUGGAUGACAAGGUUUUCAAGCCGCUCACGUCAGUGCAGUUCUUUCGCCCGGACUGGCUUGGCAUGUUCCUGAGCGCCCUGGCCCGCGGCCGUUGCCGCGAGGAGCUGGAUACCUUGAGGCGCUUGCUGGAAGCACACCUCCUCCCUCGGCAGCGAAGCCGCCUGGCCUUCGAGCCACAGAACUUGGCCCUCGCCGCCAAUGCCGUGCUGAAGCUGGACCUCCUCAGACUACGCCUUGGUGGUCCAACACCACUGGCCGCCCUUGCCCCACUGGUGCGCCGUGCAUGUAUUGCCAUGGAAGGGGAGGGAGGUGCCCAAUCCGCUUGUCUGCUGGCCCAUGCCUUCGGCAGCGCCUUAAUGAUGCUGCCGAUGCCGCCAGCCCCGACCGAUCUCGUGCCACUCACGCAGGUCUAUGAGACGGUUCUCGGAGACCUCUUCACUCAGAUCAUCUCUUUGCAGCUUCUGAACAUCCGUGUGCGCUUCCAGCUGCUGUCCGCCGUUCAGUGCUGGUUUUAUGCAUCGGAGUUGGGUGCAAUGGCGUCACUGGCCUCGCUCCGACGUGCACAACGUGCUCUGUUGAAGGCUGGAGGAGAACUUCCGGGCCCAGCCGAGUCGCUGGGAGACCAGGAUCUGAUCAGCACCAAGGGUCAUGCAGAGGUUGCCGAGGCCUUGCCGGAAAACUGGCAGCUCUCGGCGCGCAUGGAAGAUUUUGCGUUUCCUUUCUGGCUGGACAUUGUGUUGGUGCAUCGAACAGAACCUGCCGCGAAAACAAGCAUGCUUGGCAGCUUGCAGCCAAAGAACAAUGUCACACCAUGCCCCAGCACCUUUGCAAAAAAGCAUAGUCACGCACGUGUGAGCAUCUAG